AAAACGGGCGGUGAAUCUAUCACCAUAAGAGAACUCCAGGUCUUCAUAGGGAGGCAGACGAACGAAACAGAGCUGAAGAAAAAAAGGGUAGUUUGAGGUAAUGGCGGCAACAGCAGUGACAGCGGGCCCCGCAACAAACAGCGCCCUAACCACUGUCCGAUUCUCCGAUCUUCAACCGGCCCUCUCUCCGCCCGUUCUCGAUGCCCUAACCCUAGCAAGCUUCCAUUUCUGCACUCCAGUCCAGGCGGCCACCAUCCCACUCCUCUGCUCCUUCAAAGAUGUCUCCGUAGAUGCUGCCACAGGUUCUGGAAAAACCCUAGCCUUCGUUGUCCCCGUUGUCGAGAUCCUCCGUCGAUCUCCCGACACUCCAAAACCCCACCAGGUCAUGGGGAUAAUAAUCUCACCAACAAGAGAGCUGUCAUCACAAAUAUACCAUGUUGCACUGCCGUUCAUUUCAACAUUAUCCAAUAUUAAGGCAAUGCUUCUUGUUGGAGGAUCAAACAUAAAAGCAGAUGUGGAUAAAAUAGAGGAAGAAGGUGUCAACUUACUGAUAGGCACACCUGGGAGGCUUUACGACAUAAUGGAGCGCGUGGACAUCUUAGAUUUUCGGAACCUUGAGAUUUUGAUCCUAGAUGAGGCUGAUAGACUCCUGGAUAUGGGAUUUCAAAAUCAGAUAAAUUCAAUUAUAUCCCGUUUGCCAAAGCUUCGAAGAACCGGUCUUUUCUCAGCUACUCAAACUGAGGCAGUUGAAGAGCUUUCCAAGGCAGGAUUGAGAAAUCCUGUGAGGGUCGAAGUUAGAACUGAAACUAAAGUACAAGAUGAGCAAGCUUGCUCACAAAAACUAGCCUCUUCCAAAACACCAUUGGGGCUUCAUAUCGAGUAUCUGGUAUGUGAUGAAGAGAAGAAGCCGUCACAGCUUGUUGACUUCCUCUCAAAGAACUUAUCAAAAAAGAUUAUCAUCUACUUCAUGACAUGUGCUUGUGUUGAUUACUGGGGAGUCGUUCUUCCACAGCUUGCUGCUCUUAAAGGUUGUCCCCUAAUUCCUCUUCAUGGGAGGAUGAAGCAGAUUGCAAGGGAGAGAGCAUUGGCAUCAUUUACAAAGCUUUCAAGUGGUGUUCUUCUAUGUACUGAUGUAGCAGCACGAGGACUUGAUAUUCCAGGUGUUGAUUGGAUAAUUCAGUAUGACCCCCCACAAGAUCCAAAUGUUUUCGUACAUAGAGUUGGCCGGACUGCACGGAUGGGCAGACCAGGAAGUGCUAUUGUUUUUCUUUUACCAAAGGAGGACUCAUAUGUAGAAUUCUUGCGGCUAAGAAGGGUCCCUCUCCAAGAGAGGAAAAGUUCUGAUAAUGCUUUGGACAUUGUCCCUCAGAUACGCUCUGUUGCUAAAAAGGACCGUGAUGUCAUGGAGAAGGGACUUAAGGCGUUCGUCUCAUACAUACGUGCAUAUAAGGAGCAUCAUUGCUCUUACAUUUUCAGGUGGAAAGAAUUGGAGAUUGGGAAGUUGGCCAUGGGACAUGGCCUACUACAGCUCCCUUCAAUGCCCGAGGUAAAGCAUCACGCCCUCUCAACUGAUGGUUUUACACCUGUAGAUGGUGUUGAUGUGAUGCUGGUCAAGUACAAAGAUAAAUCUCGGGAGAAACAGCGACAGAAGAACUUGCAGGCAAGCAAAACAGCUGACCGCAAGGAACCUAAACCUGAAAAGCCGAAGCCAAAUCCAAGUGGUGUUGGUACCAAAACUAGGAAAAAAACAGGCAGGCAGCGCCGAGCAGCUCAGAACGUUGAAGAUGCAGAGGAGCUGGAGCGGGAGUACCGAUUAUUGAAAAAACUGAAGAGAGGGGCCAUUGAUGAAAGCGAGUUUGAUAAGCUUAUGGGUGUCGAUGGUUCCUUCGAAGAGCUUGAAUCACCGGAUUGUGACAUUAAUAACUCUGCCGUGGCAAGUCAUACUGAGCUUGAGAUGUCAGGGCAAAACAAGAAGCAAAAAGGAAAAGUGAAAAGAAGAGGAGCGAAAUUCGGUGACCGGAAAGGAAAUAAGAAUUUGAAAUUUAGUUCUGGGGCAAAGAAUAACAAAAGACGGAACCAAGUUCGUUCCUUUAGCUAAUUUAUUUUUGUUUUAUUUCAUUUUUGCUAAGUUGGGUGACCUUGUUUUUGUACAAUAGUGGCCAUAGAACUCCCCAAUUCAGCAUACAACAUAUGCAGAGGGAGUUUGUAUGUGGAUCAGGAAAUUUUGAGAAAGCCAAAAUGAUGGUUAUAGGCCUUUUGUGUUCU